ACAAUAAUUAAUAGUAUUUAUUAUGGACACUUCGGCAUGGAUGAACGUUGCAUUACAAAAAGCUGAAGAAUCUUUAAAAGCCGGUGAAGUCCCUGUUGGUUGUUUAUUUAUAUAUAACAAUCAAAUAAUUGCGACAGGCAAUAAUACAGUAAAUGAAACUUGUAAUGCAACACGCCAUGCCGAGAUAAAUUGUAUCGACCAAGUCUUGAAGUUCUGUAAGGAGAAAUGCAUGGACUAUGAAACGGUGUUUUGUAAUCUAGAUGUAAUUGUCACGGUAGAACCGUGCAUAAUGUGUAUGUCGGCAUUACUUCAACUACAAGUACACAGUAUUGUAUAUGGCUGUGCGAAUGAUCGAUUUGGUGGUUGUAUCAGUGUUCUCGAAGUACCAAAGUUUUACGAUUCAAAAAUAAUUAUACAAGGAAAUGUAAAAGGAGAGGAAGCUAUGAGGUUGCUUCAAGAUUUUUAUAAAGGUGUCAAUCCAAAUGCGCCUGAAUCAAAAGUCAAAAAAGGUCGUAACACUAAAGGAACUUCGUCAACCGAGAACAAAUAAUCUUAAAAUUUUUUGUUAUCCAACAUUCAUAUGUG